AUGGAUCUGCAGCAGUCGCUCCACAUGAAUCUGCAGCAGUCGCUCUGCAUGGAUCUGCAGCAGUCGCUCCACAUGGAUCUGCAGCAGUCGCUCCACAUGGAUCUGCAGCAGUCGCUCCACAUGGAUCUGCAGCAGUCGCUCCACAUGGAUCUGCAGCAGUCGCUCCACAUGGAUCUGCAGCAGUCGCUCUACAUGGAUCUGCAGCAGUCGCUCCGCAUGGAUCUGCAGCAGUCGCUCCACAUGGAUCUGCAGCAGUCGCUCUGGAUGGAUCUGCAGCAGUCAUUCUGCCGCAGGAGGAAGUCUGAGGACUGA